GUGAUUUUUGGAAUCUCUAAAAAUUUUUAGCAAUAAGCAAGUCCAUGGCUUAUACCGAGACAUUGGGCACUCCUGGAUACAUUGCACCAGAAUAUGGCUCGAAGGGAAUAGUGUCUGCUAGUGGUGAUGUUUAUAGUUACGGCAUCAUGUUGAUGGAGGUUUUGACAAGAAGAAGGCCAACAGAUGAAGAGAUAUGCAAUGAAAAUCUUGACUUGAGGAAAUGGAUCACACAAUCAUUUUCAGGGACUAUGAUGGACGUUGUGGAUACCAAUCUUUUUUCCGAGGAAAAACAGAUCACUUCAAAAAGUGAAAUCUGCAUUGCGUCCAUGAUAGAAUUGGGUUUAGACUGCACAAUGGAAAUGCCAGGAUCAAGAAUAAGCAUGAAAGAAGUAGUGAAGAGGCUUAACAAAAUCAACAACACAUUUCUGGAAACAUAGAAGUGAUCAGCAUCUGUUCGGAUGGUGUUGUUUUGUGAGCUGCAAGUUAAUAUGAUGUUUUUUGUUUCUUUUGUAAAGUCGUCGUAUAGUACUACUUGGAGUCAUGUAUUGUUUGUAAUUUCAUUUGAGUGAUUUGAACCUAUUUUACUUUAUCUAUUUGUAAUUAUGUUUUGAAUGCUUGAAAGAAACCAGAAUGAAAUUAAUAAAGGUGUUUAGCUGCACUA